CCCUGGUCAGGCACUAGUCAUGACGCCACAGCAGAAGGAGGAAGCCAGUAUCUAUAAUAAAGCCAUUGCACCCAGCAAUCUGCAGCACUCGGAAACAUGGGGAUGAAUUGUGCAUACAGCUGACUGCAGAGUUCAGCUACAAGUGGAAAUCAGCUACACUGCUAGCAGAUACAAGAGUCACUCUGCAGCUCUGGUUAAAGCCAUGGCUAUAGGAUUGGAUUCAGUAUUAAGGUGUGCCAAGUGGUGGAUGGUUUUGGGACUGCUGCAGGUUACGUGUGCCAGCUUGCUGGAACGUAAUGCCAAUGUACAGGUGUACAGCUUGAAUGGGAAAUGGGCUCUCCGUAAUUCUAACAGCUCCAUUACGUUAUAUGGUGAGGUGCCUGGCUGUGUGCACACUGCAUUGUUCUCCUGGGGGCUCAUAAAGGAUCCUUACUUACGUUUCAAUGAUAUUGCUUACAAAUGGAUCGCACAUGAGGAAUGGAUAUACAGCAAGGAGUUCACACUUUCUCCUAACAUCAGACUUUGUCAGAAGGUCGUUUUGGUUUGCGAAGGGAUAGAUACCAUUUCUACAAUUACUUUCAAUAAUAUUCCUGUUAUGAAAACUCAAAACAUGUUCAGUAGAUAUACAAUUGAUAUCACCAAAUAUAUUUUAGAGAAAAAUUAUAUUGAGAUUAAAUUGGAGUCACCUGUGGAGUGGGCAAAAGAGAAAAGCACAAAUCAUUCUUAUAUUAUACCUCCUAAUUGUCCUCCAGAUGUACAGAAAGGAGAAUGUCAUGUUAACUUCAUAAGGAAGGUAAAUGAGGAUUCUGAAAGGCGUAACCUUGCUCAGAGUUCAUUCAGCUGGGACUGGGGCCCCUCUUUCCCCACUCAAGGUAUUUGGAGAGAUAUUAGGAUUGAAGCAUAUAAUAUUGUCCACAUGGAUUAUAUUUCCUACAUGACAGUCUUUGAUAAUACUACAUCACAAUGGAUGGUUAUUAUUGAGCCUGUUUUUGAUGUUAUUGCUGAAAAACCUGUUGAAGGACAUGUGACAGUCAAGAUGCCAGACCUUUAUCUUGAUCACGCAAGUUAUAUAAUCCUAGGUCCUGGACAGCAGACAUAUGAACUCAUGAUACAAAUCGGUGAGAAUCCAUCAAUAAAUUUGUGGUGGCCAAGUGGAUAUGGAAUGCAAAGUGGCUACAAUAUAUCUGUUAAUUUUAACAUUGAGAAUGAUUACAUUUUUCAGACAACAACCCAGAUUUACUUUCGCACAGUGGAGCUCAUCGAAGAGCCAAUUGCAGGUUCUCCUGGCCUGUCUUUCUAUAUGAAGAUUAAUGGAGUUCCCAUAUUCCUGAAAGGCUCUAACUGGAUACCAGCUGGUUCUUUCCAAGACAGGGUUAACUCUGAAGAGCUCUCUGACCUGCUGCGUUCCGUUGUCGAUGCCAAUAUGAACACUCUACGUGUCUGGGGUGGAGGAAUAUACGAGAGUGAUGACUUCUACCGAUUAUGCGAUGAAUUGGGAAUUAUGGUCUGGCAUGACUUUAUGUUUGCAUGUUCUCUUUACCCGACUGAUGACUGGUUUUUGGACACAGUGAGAGCAGAAGUCACCCAUCAGAUGCGAAGACUGAAAUCUCACCCCUGUAUUAUUGUCUGGAGCGGCAACAAUGAGAAUGAGGCUGCAAUUGCCAACAAUUGGUUUUCCAUACCUAGCUCUAAGAGAGAGGUGUAUGUACAAGACUAUAUUACGCUCUACAUAAAUACCAUUAGAGAACUUGUUAUUACGAUGGAUGGGACUCGUCCUUUCAUUGCUUCAAGCCCUACCAAUGGUAAAGAGACCAUCAAAGAGCAUUGGCUUGCCAAAGACCCGUAUGACAAUCACUAUGGGGACACACAUUACUACAACUAUGUCACAGACUGUUGGGAUUGGAAGUCAUACCCUAGGUCUCGCUUUGCUUCUGAAUAUGGUUUCCAGUCUUGGCCAUCUUUUAGUACGGUCGCUCAGAUCUCUUCUCCUGAAGACUGGUCCUACACCAACAAUUUUACUGAACAUCGGCAGCAUCAUUCUAGAGGCAACAUGCAGAUGAUUGACCAGGCUGCUCUACAUUACAACUUGCCAGUGAGCAGUGAUCCCAUUAAAACCUUUCAGGACACAUUGUACCUAACCCAGGUCAUGCAGGCGCAGUGUGUAAAGCUUCAGACUGAGUUCUACAGACGAAGUAGGAGUGAGCUUGUGAAUGGUCUUGGCUUUACAAUGGGAGCCCUAUACUGGCAGCUAAAUGAUAUUUGGCAAGCUCCUUCAUGGUCAUCUAUAGAGUAUGGAGGGAAGUGGAAAAUGCUUCAUUACUAUGCCAAAGAUUUCUUUGCCCCUGUUGCUACAAGUGCAUUUGAAGACAAAGAUAUUUUAUACAUUUAUGGAGUGUCGGAUCUUCCGAAGGACUGUUCUUUUAAGCUUGCACUUAAAGUCUACAAUUGGGAUUCUCUGAUACCAGCAUGUGAAACCGUUACAGAAGACUUUGUCAUAAAAUCUGGGAGUUCUGGACAAGUUUACCAGGAAAAUGUUUCAGAAUUACUAAAGAGAUGUAACCACUCCACCAGACUGAAUGCUGUUCUCAUUUACCAUUUGUUACAUGAGGGAGAAAUUUAUGGCAAUAAAAACUGGCAUUUUUUAGGUUCACCAAAAGAAGCCAAAGGGCUCCUGAAAUCCAAUAUUACAGUAUCCAUUUAUCAGAUGAACCAGGGGACCUAUGUGUUUACUCUAAUUAGUACCUACCCAGCUCUUUUUGUAUGGUUGGACGUUGGAAACAUAGCUGGAAGGUUCAGCGAUAAUGGUUUUCUUCUAACGGAGUACAAAACUGUCAUUUACUUUUUUGCCCAAAAUCCAACUACAGUUACUGAACUGGAGAAAACAUUGCACAUAACUACUCUUAGAGAUAUAUACUGAUAUUGAGCUGGAUUCAAAGCAAAGCAGGAGUAAAAACAUUAUCUUCUAAUAAAACAAUUCACUUACUUAUAAAUCCAAAAAUGUCAUCAUUACUUAUUUGGGCUAUUCCUUUUUACAUUUCCAUGAUUGGACAUAGUAUUGUAUAUUUCAAUUGUAACUAGAAAACAUGAUUGUAUGUUUCUCUUUCAGACUUUUUUUUUUAAAUCCCAUCAAUAAAAGGACAACACAAAGCCUUA